AUGAGGACAAAAGUCCGGAUUAUAAACACUAAGUCAUCGAAAGACAAGUUCAACGAAUUCCUAGAGUCCACAAUAAAGGCCUUCAAACAGCAACAACUGCCCGCUUGGAAGCCAUUCUUCACGUGUGGAACAGUAUUGCCGUCUUUUUUCUUAUUAGGCAUCGCAUCCGUUACUAUAGGCGUGGGUCUACUGUUCCUAUCAUCUCGUGUCCAACAGUUUGAAUUGGAUUACACCCACUGUUGGCCACUCUAUGGCAUGACUUCAUGCGCCCAAAGACUGGAAGAUAAUCCGGAUUCCGAGGGC